AUGUGGGGUCUUUCUGGGAUCAUCUCGGGCCGUUUGGUGGAGAGGAGGAAGUUCCAGUUUGUAUUCCCGUCUGAGGAGUUGUUGCAGUCGGUUCUCAAUCGGGGUCCCUGGGCGUUCAAUGAUCGUAUGGUGGUUAUUAAGCGGUGGAUGCCUGAAAUGGAUGAUAAUGAUCUGAUGCAGAUUCCGUUUUGGGUCCAGAUAAGGGGCAUACCUAUGGAGUAUCUCACUGAGGGUGUCAUCAGAAACAUUGGUGAUAUCAUGGGCGAGGCCAUGCUGGUUGAUUUUAACCCAGAGGCUAAUGCAGCGGUUGAAUACGUUAGGGUUCAACUGAAUUGGAAUCUUGCUCAGCCAUUACGUUUCCAGAAGAAUUUCCAGUUCUCUCUUGGCGUGAAUACGCUUUUAAAGUUCCGGUAUGAAAGGUUAAGGGGCUUCUGUGAAACGUGUGGAAUGAUAACUCAUGAUUCAGGGGAGUGUAUUCCGCAUGGUGAGGAUCUUCAAAAUGAUAGUGAGCCAGAUGAUGAGGACAAUGAAGGUGGAGGUAUGGAUGAUGGUGAGGCUGAACCGGUACUGGAUGGCAACGUUAACAUGGAACAUGCUGCCAAUGUGGCAGAUCAGGCUCCGCCGGGGGGGUCUCCUCAACAAGAUGGUGUGGCACUGGAGGAAUACUCUGGGAGAAACGAUCCUACGGUAGAGCGUAGGGGAAGAAGGAAUAAGUUUAGUGGUAAUUUGCUGUUGGAAGGUGAGAUGGUAACGGGCGAGUAUGAUGAGGAUCUCAUUGACGAUAGUGAUCAAGGGGCAGUUGAUGGGGAAGAAAAAUGGAGGGGUGAUAGAAGUCUUUCUCAGUAUGGAACUACCGUCGAGACUGGUGAAACUAGCAGGCCACAGGUGGGAAAACGUAAGAGAUCAAAGGCACUAGUAUACAAUCGUAAGCAUGGAGUCUUAACUGCCUGUGGGAGCAAGAAAAUGCGGGCUGGUGUGGUGAUUGUUGACAAGUUUGAUGUGGAGGAUUAUGGUGCUAACUCUGCGGCUGAUGCUCUCAACAAGAUUCAGAGGGACUAUGGUGAAGAAUCAGAUCAGGAGUUGGUUCCAUCUAUUGACAGAGGCGCGGUGGGCCCGGUUCCACCAAAGGUCCCAUGA